UGUGGCUUGUCACCGGGUGAGUGCAUGGUGGAUAAAAUUCGUUUCUAUGUAGGUUAUUAGUGAAAUAGUAUGCGUUUAAAACAUAAAUAGAUGUGUUUACAGCAAUUGUCGAAAAUUGUGAAUAUUAUAUAGAGUGAAAGCUAUAUUUAUCAAAAUGUCUGUGGUAUCUUCAAGAAUUAGCAGUGUGUCAUCUAUAAUAAAAGCUACUGGGAUUAGAACGCAACUCAACAAACAAUACAACAGAAUACAGUACUUGAAAUUGCCUAAAGAUAUUAAAAGUAUAUUAUAUAAUUUUAAUACAGAUAAUGGACUUAAAGAAUAUGAAAAAUUGAUACAUUCACUUAAAGAGGAUGCUAUAAAGGAUAAUGAUUUAGCAGAAUUUUUAUCUGAAGCAAGACAAUGCGUAUCUUUAUUAGAUAUUAGAUACGAUUGGUUUAUUCAAAUUCUUCUUCGGAUUCAAUGGACAACUAAAUCAUCAGAACUGAUUUCUGCUUAUAAACUCUUUUUACAAGACUUAGUGUGUAUGCAAACAGUCUAUAUAAAAACUGUAAUAAAUUCUUUGAUUCAGUUGUUUAAAUCAGUUGAAGAUAACAAUGCAGAACGUAAGCCUGGAGAGUUUAAAGAUGAAGAUAUAGAAAAGCUAAAUCAUAUACAUGACAUAUUACAUAAAAUUUUGGAAGUAGUACCAAUGUCAAGCCAAGUUUUACUACAAUCUCUGUCAUCACAAUUUCCAUAUAUUGCACAUGGCACUUGUACACAUGAAAUUUAUAUGUAUGCAUUAUUACAAAUAUUAAAUUAUGCACCUCAACUUAGAUCAGACAUUCUAUCCUUAAUUAUUAAUAGGUUGACAAUAUUAGAUGUCAAUAUACCUCGUAAAGAAGGAAGUGAUGAUGAAACAGAUGAUGUAAUGGACGAUUGUAUUAAUGAAACAGUUGACGAUGACGAUCCGACAACAGUAAAUAAUGACGUAGACAAAAUAAAAAAUGACCCUUUAAUUAUGCAUACAAUGGACACGUGCAUGGAAUUAUUUUUUAAGUACAUGCACGAGUUCUGUUUUGUAAAUGGCGUUCUACAGAUAGAAUCCCUGAAAAUAUUAUACGUCGAUAUUUUACGAACAUUCGAAACAGUAAUAUUACCUACGCACGCCAGUCAAUAUGUGCAAUAUAUCAUGUUCUACAUUUGCAGCUUCAAAGCCAUAGUUGCGGAGACUUUCACAGAUUGGUUAUGGUGUAAAGUAAUCGAUCCAAAUGUAGCGCCAGUUCUACGGCAAUCGGCUGUUUGUUACAUUUCUAGCUUACUCGCUACCGCAUCAUUUAUUUCUUCUGGAUUAGUGAAGCUGACAAUGUCCAAAUUGAUAACAUGGAUACACAAUUAUAUUAAUAUACAAGAAUAUUUAAAAUAUAUCGAUGAUGAUACGAAACGACAUGCCGUGUUUUACUCCGUGUGUCAAGCUUUCUUUCAUUUAUUUAUCGCGAGACAUAAAGAAUUUGUUAAUUCAAAAAAUGGUAUAUUAUUUCUUCAAGAACUGGAUAUACCAAGGAUCGUUACUUGUAGAUUAAACCCUUUAAAAAUAUGCAAUUCUAAGAUAGUUUAUAGUUUUGCAAAGAUUACAAACACAUAUCAACUUGCUUAUUGUUAUACUAGAAUUGAAAACAAUGAACGCAAUCAAUUGCCUACUUUUGGAAUGAAAACCCAUUUGCCUGUUUUACUUUCUAAUUUUUUCCUCUUUGAAUCUUAUACAUUACAUCAUAGCAGACCGAGAAUAGUUUCCCUAUUUCAUAGUAAUGUAGCAAAUGUAGAUAGUCGUUCGAUUAAAAAAUACGAAUAAAAACAUAAAAAUAAAUUAUGGUGUU